AUGCCGCUGGCGUCCCCGUCUUCGUUGCGUGCCUGGCUGCGCACACCUGUCGUCUUGGUCGUACCCAUUGCUCUGCUGUCGCUUCUGUGUGUCAGGGGUAGCACUCAGCCGCACCAGUGUGACUCAGACACGCACUUUCUACACCUUCGCCUGACUCCGCAAAAGUCAUCGCUGACGUUCAAGUGUGCCCAGCCGAGGCCGAAGCUUCGCCCGGAUGAUCCUGAACAAAACCGAGCUUGCAGAGACUCCAGAUGUACUGAUUUUGUCUCGCUCUCAGAUGCUUUUGUCACGAUAUCGGACGCUGCAGAGGAAGCCGGAGAAGGAGCGUACAAACUCGAGCUCAAAAACCAGGUGAAUCCAAAGCCGCAGACGAUCUACUUCAACUGCGCGGCAGAUACCGCAGGCGCUGGCGUCGGAGUUCCUGGCCUCUUCCGCGGGAUGGAGUUGGAGAAUUCAGGAAUAUGCAUCAUCCAGGUGGCCUUAUGGGGAGAGACCAAGGAGCCUGAGGUUGUGUCUGAAUGCAAGGAAGAAGGCGCAGAGGUCUCCCACACUGCAGAGAUAAAGAAGGAAACCGAUGUCGCAGCUUUCACGUGCGGCGAUAACGGAACACUGUCCCCCGCAAACUUCGAAGAGGCAUUCGACGGGUCCUGCGGUGACGAGCCUGGGGAACUGAAAAAACACCUUGAGACGGGAACGCUUGCGGAGAGCCCAUAUCAAGAGGGCAAGCCAAUGUAUACCCUUUCUCUCACACAACUGCCGGAAUCACCGGCUAAAGUAUGUUACAAGUGCACGUACCCGCCCAAGCCCCUCCGGUCGCCCCCUCUCGACGCCGGGAAAACGUGCACUGUGAAGGUCAAUGUAGCACCUCGUGAAGAAGUGGAAGCUCCUGACGUUGAGGAGCUUCCACCGGGCACGAAUACCUCAUCGCCAACAGAUUCCACAUACCCAAGCACGUCCACGUUCAUCAACCCGUGCCGCAGGAAAACCACUUACUCUCCAACGUGCGAGGCCCGAGUGUACCAUUACACUAGGUGUGCUGUGGUUGAAGGGGUUCGCACAGCGAACGGGCAGCCCCCCACCCCCUUCCCAGUUCGUGAGUAUCCACAGAAAUCGACGAUGGAUAAAGAAGACGACACAAAGUGGCUUGCUUUCUGCAUGAGAGUUGAGGAGCAAGAACAGGGUGGAACGCCGUGGUUCUGCUCCGAGGUCGCUUCCCCCCCAGCGCCCGCCGUCUCUCGCUCGCACCCAGAGGCAGACUUUCACGCUCCGGCAGCCUUCGGUCCUCCUACGGUGCAGCUACUGAGGGUGGAGGAAGAAAGAGGUUGUUACACAUGUGGAAUAGACCGCUUGCAUCCCCCUGAUGAUCAAUACUCAUGGCUAAUAGCCGAGAGUAGCUCAGGGCUGCAGACCUCAGAACUGCACGUACCUCGAUCGCGGCAUUUCAGGGGAGAUCUUGAUCUGGGAAAACGGCUAUCUCAUCAAUGCAUGAGCGGCCAUUCAGGGGAUAAGACAGGGCAACAAUCCGGAGAGGGGCACAACGAACAAGAAAGGACAAGCUCUCUUCGGCUUGGCAGGGUCACCUCCGAAGCAGUUGUCCCCGAGCAAUGUAAAUGCGGCGAAUCGAAUCAAACUGAAACGCGAAAUGUACAGGCAGCGGAGGUCACCCUUCGUUCAAAGCAGAAAAACCACCCCUAUCAGGAACAGCCUUUGUGUCAGCAAGGAGGCCAACGGCGAUGUAUUGACUUCGACCCCGCCACGAGCGCCGGUGAUAUCCACGUCGUGCACCGCCAGGGAGAGAUAAAUAGGCGCAUCCCGUGUAGACAAGACAUACUGUCGUCCGCCGAUCAAAAUCAACGGAGUUUCUUUGAUGUCAAAAAGCCAUUAGGGAUGGCGGCACUAACGGCAAAGAGUUCUAUGAUGCGUGGCUCUAAAGAAAACUUGGGGGAAGGGGACGUGCAAGCGCAGAUAGGGUGCAAGAUGCGCAUGUUCGCUGAGUUUGUGACAGAACGGAAGAAGAGGGAUGAAGAGCGUGUGGACAGGCAGGAAACUGUGUGUGCGAUCGUGGACCUUGCGGCAAAGCUAGGCGAGGGAAGCAAGAAACAGGAACAAAAAGAGGGGGAAAACAGCAGACUGGAGGGCCAUGCAGUACCAGGGGAGUCCGAGAGACUACCAGGUAAAAUCACGCGGGAAUCACUCAACAGCAACACUCCUUCAGAACAUCCACGGCUUCGCAGCGACAAAGCGCACCGCAGUUCCUUUACUACUGCAUCGCCUGUGCGCUCACUCAAUCCCAGCCUGCCUCAAGAGCCUCAAGAGCGUGAGCAUCCACAGCUGACGGCAGUGAGCCAGGGUGACAGGGAAACGGGUACAUCGGGAGGUGACCAGCAGCAGGUGCGCGGGCGCUUUGAGAAGAACGUGUCAGGAGGACUGGGAACGGAAGGGGAGAAAGCCUGUCGGCUCUCGCAGUAUAUCUCAGCUCUGCGGGCUGCCCAGACAGCGUGGCUGCGAGCGCAGCGAGAACGAGUGGACACGCGUCGUUUUCGCGCCUUGAAAGUACUAGGUAUCGGAGCAUACGGGGUUGUUCGGCUUGUGGAAGACCGGCAGACUGGCGAGAAAUUUGCGCUCAAGCAAAUGGAGAAGGGUGCAGUCAAGAGGAAGAAUGAAAGGACUCGGCUGUACGCGGAGAGGCAUGUGCUCGCGGAGGUUGUUAGCCGGCAUAUCGUUAAGCUUGUCUGUACUUUCCAGGACAAGCACUAUCUGUACCAAGUUUUGGAAUACCUUCCCGGAGGAGACUUGAUGACACACCUGGUGGCGUGCGGUCAGUUCUCUGAGCAGACAACGAAAUUUUAUAUUGCUCAGUUGAUCUUGGCUGUGCAUACGGUUCACAAACUCGGUUACUUACACAGAGAUAUCAAGCCUUGCAAUAUCGUACUGGACGAAAAAGGGAAUCUCAAGCUUCUUGACUUUGGGCUGUGCGCUCACUAUCACUCGGCGUCUCAGGUUUCCAGCGCCCCGCGUGGCGAGUUGGCAGAAGCAUUGAGUCGCGCACAUCGCCAUAUCCAGCCCACGGAGGAUAGAGCCGCGCGUAAGGAAGGCAUGACUCGUUCUUCAGGAACCCCCGCCGCCUGUGAACUAUUCGUCAAAGAGGAAGAACGCGGUGGAAAUGCGCGACGACAGGAUUCUCCUCCUUCGGUGUCUGCGGAAGCGAACGCGCGUUCACCGGCAGCUCCCGACGGUAGCCGGACGGAACGAAAACCGUGUGAAGCCCGGCAGGCUCCUUGCCCGCCCGUCACAGAAACCCUUGAUUCUCCUUCUCCAAAUAUGGGUACCUCUUCAUCCUGCAUUCGUCUCUGUCCCUCUGCUGCUUCUGAACCUAGUCGGACGCCGCAGCUUGCUGACAGCUGCAAACCGCAAACAUCACCCGUUCCUGCUUCAGCACGGCUUGUGCCCUGCCCGACAUCAGAGUCCCUCGAGGUCAAGUCGCCAUCUGAAUCGCUUCCGGAGAGAAAUCGCCUUUGUUGCAAUUGCUUUGCCCCCUCACCUGAGCGUCAUGCAUAUGUAGCUGCUAACGGGACAAGCGAAAACGCCCCACCAGCCACUUCCCCGACCCAACCGGGCUCUGCUUUGCAAAGCAGCAUAACAUGUGGAGGUGAACGUGACGCCGGUCUCCCUGUCCGUCCCUCUGAGACGACAAGUUCUAGAGUCACAGAUGUGCCCGCCCCUAGCCACGAUGUGCCUCAUCCGCCUUCUGUACCAGUCGAAACAACCCAAGACACUGCUCUGAUAUCGUGCAAGUCCAGGAAUGAAAGUCUUCCCACAGCCACGGGUACGAGAGCUGCUUCAUGUUCUUCGCUUCCCGCUUCUCCUGAGUGUUCUUCCUGCCCCUAUUCGUCUUCUUGCGAGCCCGCGUUAUGUACCACCCCCGAUGGUGCUGAAUCAGCCCCGCUUCCGCACGUGCUUGAACCGGUUGCUCAGCUCUCGUCGCUGGGUUCUGCCGUGGGCGUCCGGGACGUGCCAUCCAUGCGAAGUUCCAUUCCCUCUUCUCGCUGCGCAACUUUUCCAGCCUGCGUCGUUGCGUCGUGCUCGCCAGCGGCUUCCGCCACCGUUGCGCCCGACUCAAAUUCGGUCGGUCAGCAUCCCCAAGCCUGUGGCGUCAUUCCACCGGACGUUGGCGAGCUUCCAGGCGCAGAGGCGGCGUCUCCGAAGGUGAAUGCGCAGCCCUCUGGAACGACGGGGUCGAAAAAGACAUACUCGGCGCCUGUAUCCGCCCUCAGCGAAAAAGAGGCAGCCGCAAACGCAUGCAGCUCUCCUUUGUCGUCAGAUUCGUCUCACGGUCCUUCUGCUCCAGAUAGGCCAUCUCCAGGGUGUUCCGCAGCGGAGCACAUAUCGCCACCGUCCCCUCCUGAAAAUCCGUUACUCUCCUGCUGUUCAGCAGGCUUAGCUAGUCCUGCGCCUCCUUGUGCUGCCUCCGAACCUCAGUCCUCUGCGCCUGCCAUCACAGAGUCGCCAUGUACCACCUUGCGACAGCCACGGAAAGAAGAAGGAAACGGGAUACUUUCGAAGCCAACACAGUGCCAAUCUGCUUGUCCUCCGUCUGCGAACGACGACCAAUCUUGCGAACCACCAGCUACGUCUUCUUCCCUGGGUUCUUCUCCGACGCACAUUUCCCGUUUUGAGGCAUUGUCCCAAGUGGGAACUCCCCAUUACAUGGCGCCGGAGGUUCUGUCAGGACUGCCGUAUUCGUUUUCAGCCGACUGGUGGUCAGUGGGAGUGAUUCUUUUCGAGUGUAUAUAUGGCGGGGUGCCGUUCAACACGCCGAGCUACAACCCUCAACUGCUUUCUUACAUCAUCAUAAAUUUCCGCCGCUUCCUUUCUUUGCCUCAGUACGCCGGCGGGAAGAAAUCUCAGGUUUCUCCCGCGUGUCAAGCCGUGAUUCAGGGUCUUCUCUGCGAGCAGGAACAUCGGUGGGGCUUUGAGCAACUCAGAAAGUCCGAGUGGCUACGCGACGUGGACUGGGAUGCCUUAAGCCGAGGAGUCUGGAAAAAGCGCGAGCGCCGCACGAGUAAGGAUGAAGCAGGAAGGAGCGGUCCUGCCGGAGAAGCUGGGGACUCCAGCGAGGAGAGAGAAACGAAUAACGGGAAGAGCCGGACAGACACAGUGACUCAAUACAGGAAACAAACCGCACAGGUCACAGUGACUUCUGACGCACAAGAGAUCCAAACACCGAUAAGCGCGAAUGCACCUUCACGGCAAGUGGAGAGAAUCGACUCCGCGUCGCAGGCUUCGCAAAAAGUUCCGGGUACAGCACCGAUGAGUCCCUGCAGCGACACCGUUGACGGUAACAUGCCAGAGAAAGAAAUCCCUGGAGAACCGGCCCUCGGGGGCCGUAAACCUCACAGCGUCACAAGUGCUCUGCAGGUAAAUGGACCCCUGACGGCUACAUGCAGCAGAGGAACGAGCAACGAAACCAACUCCCUCAUUCACUCCUUCGGUUUAGUAGCCACUGAGGAAGAAGGUGACUACGAGGAGGUGACGGAAGGACCUUUAAAACUUCCGUCGACCGCUAUUGAGAUGAUAUAUUCACCUGCUGCGGUCUACGGCAUCAGAAACUGGGGAAAGGGGCCUCCUGCGCUCCCAUCAUGCUGCAGAUACACCCCAGCAAUGGCUGGUUGCCAAACCGUUUCGGCAGAGCGCGAUGCCAGCCUGGACUGCAAGCUGCGCAGGAACCCCGCUACGCGCGCGGAAACAAAACAGUUUCCUGAGGAAGACAGGGAGUGCUGCAGGAAAGACCUCCGGGUGAACCAAGGUAUGCGAUGUCAACCAGACAAAGACACCUCCUCCGGUAACAGGGAGGGUAGAACGCGAGACCAGCGUGCACGGCCGCGCACUGCAGCUGAGCGCUUCAAAAAAGACUGCAAAAGCGCCCUUCAUAUGGGUGCUGACAGCAGCGACGUGGCUGCGGAUAAGACUGCGCGAGUGGCUCAAGGGUUUCGAGCUCUGUGCGGUGAAGCUGAAGCAUGCUACGGCGAAGCACUGAAACCGGCAGGGGUUGCUGGAUCUCAGUACGCUGCAGAUGUGGGGGACUGGCUCCCGUUAGAGCCGUUUCGACCAAAAGACGAGGUGCUAAAGGAUCUGCGAUUCCUCAACUUCACCUUCAAGUGUGCAGAGAAGGACAGGGAAGCAGAAGUGCAUGAGCUGGAAAGGAAAAUCCGAGAUAUCGCAGUGGAGGAAUAUGACACGCCGUGCGCUACCGACGCGCUCAAAGUAGAGAGCGAGACCAAGAGAUCUCGAAGAGGAACUCGUUCACGAACAUGA